AUGGCCUCUACAAGCCACUCGCUCUUGAAGCUUUUCACAACCGGCUCUGAUAUCUCGCAGAGGACCUUUGACCCUUCGCUCCCCUCGCCUCCCGACUCUCACCUUGCCUGCUCGUCCCACAGCCACUCUGCCUCUUCCAGCAGCAUGAUGCAAAGCAGGCUCAAUCCGGAAUCCGCAAGCGUCCAGACGACCGAGCCUCUUCAGAAUGCUAACCUGUCAAAGGGCACCACCACGACCGCUCCAACAGACUCUGACCUGUCGGCCAGCUUCACCUCGAGCAACGAUCUUGCACAUGAGCUUCUAUCUCAGGCCAUCGCCCAAGGCUCCGUCUCCUCGAAUGGCACUCCGGCCAAGGGUUACGGCGAUGAGCCGCGCAGUGGGGACCAGAAAUUCUCUGGACACACAUUCAUGGCAUCGCCUGAACCAGUAUACCCCCGCCACUACCACAUCCGUGGUAUAAGCAGCGUCUCUGGCUCCAUGCCGACUUCGGGUCGCAUGACGGAGCCAAGAAACUAUGCGCCACGCACGUCCGGCCGGCCCAUGUCCAGCGAGCCACCCCCAAAGUUCAACUUGGAGCUGCCCACGCUGACCCAAAAUGACCCCGAGGUGCUGCCAACCUCCGAGACUUCCGAUUACCAACUCGGCGCUCUGGUGCAGCAGACUCUCCCUACCCAGCAGAGCCUCACUGUGUACCAGCCACCGGCAGCGGCCUUCGAUGGCCGCUCAGAGAAGCUCAAGGCGCUGACGAACCCGGCCUGGGGCAACGCCAAGCUCGCUGCCGUCCUCGACCCGAGCAACAUGCCGUUCGUCGAGGGGGCCAAGCAGGCCACGGCCAAGAACAACGGUGUGGUCCGCCUUGGUAACAUUCCUUUUUCGACCAAGCGCUCCGAGGUGAUUGCGUUUCUCGGCCGCAACUCCAAGAUCCUCAAUGACGCUGAGGAGCCCGUCCACAUCAUCAUGGACAAGGUCACCAGCAAGACCAUGGACGCCUACGUCGAGUUCAUGACGCUCGAGGAUGCCAUGCGUGCCGUGGAGAAACACUCACAGAACCAGCUCUCCGGCCGGCCCACGCGUCUAGGAGACCGCCCCGUAGACGUGCAGCUCUCCAGCCAGGCGAGCCUCAUGAAGGAUUUAUUUCCCAUCGCGGCCGGUAUCGUCUGGAAGGGCGUGACGCCAGAGAUCCAGCCGUUCAGACCCAAUGAGCCGUGGUCGAAUUUUAAAGGGUUUAUCUCCGCCGAGGAGAUGAUCAUGCUCGUCAAGCAUGUCGAGGUUCCCCACCGAUCUCCUUUUUCCAAGGAGUGCCCGCAGCGCCCUUACGAGUGCCUCAUCAGCACGCUGCGCAAGUUUCCUUGGUACAUGACGGACUGCAUCACGGUGAGCCAGCGCGGCGCCAUGUUCCAGGCCACGCGGGACCUGCUGCAGCUGCUCCUCAAGAGCCUGGACAAGGGCAGCGACCCCGUCAACCUUAACAAGCAGCUUCUACGCCGCGUGACCAGGGCGGCCAUGGAGUGCCCCGGCUUCACCACGCUCAUGAAGGAUGACGUGGCCUGGAUCGCCGGCAUGUCGGACGCUGAGCAGCGCAGCUACGGCCAGCCUCGGUUCGCGAGCAGCUGGCGCCACCAGUACGCGCUGGUCCCCAAGCCCGGUAUGCCGCUGGACGUGGUCGAGUGGUACAUUGAGGCAAUUCGGAACCAAACGAUGCGUGACGUGUUUGCGCGUACCGCCCCUGGGGAGCGCCGCGCCAUCCAGGAUAAGGCACAAGCCACCGACGGUUACUGGGGUUACUUUUGGGCUGAGCUCAACUACCCGACCGGUGCCGAAUUUGACGCCAUGACGCUGUCGUACGCUGCGCAGCUUGAAUUUGCGGUCAUGGAGGCUAUUCUUGCUCGCUCCUUUGGUUGA